CGGGACUGGAACAGGAAAAGCUAAUUUGUUGACGGUAUCGUGAGAGAGAGAGAGAGAGAGAGGAAAGUAAAAAGCAAAGCUGAAAAGUGUGGUUGCAGUAGCAGUCGGGGUAGUUGAGUAUACUGCGAUCUCCUGUUUGGUUAGAGAUAAAUAACAGAGAGAGAGAGAAAGUGGGAGAGAAAGACAGAGUUUUUUCCAUCCAGGUCUUCCAAGUGACAUGGUGGCGGUUGCAAGACAAACCAGAGUAAUUGUGACGACGACGGCCAAGCAGUCAAAACCGUGAGAGGGAGGAUAGUAGUUGUGACUAUUUACAAUAUAUAUAUAUAUGUAUAUAUAUAUAACAACAACAAUAUAUAUAUUCAUAUAUGAUAUAUACAACAAUAAUAAUAAGCGAUUGCACGACUAAACUAUACACGGCCUACAAUACAACAUUCCCCCCUCUGACGACUUAUUACACACUUUUGGUGUAAGCAUGCAAAUGUAAGCGGAUCAUAUAAGCUUUGUAUAUUUCCUUUUUUUUUAAAGGAUUAUUUUCUUUAUUGGAGCUGCUGGGGACCUGUGUCACGGGAGUGAGGGAUACCACCACUAUCACCAGCAACAUUAGCACCAAUACCACAAUUUGGGGGUACCACUAUUACCACCAACACUUCACAACAACAUCUAACUAAACAACAUUGCUGAAAAGCAAACGUUAUCAUCAAAGAAAUCGAUAUAAUACAUACAUACAUACAUUCACACACACGUAUAUAAAUAAUGCUAAAGGUGUAUAUUGCAUUCUAUAUUUAAGUGUUGCAUGUAAAUUAUAUAUCUAGUAUACACAUUCACACACACACACACAUACUAUACAUACGUACACAGACACACAUUCAGCAAGUACCGGCAACUGCUUACGAGAUAGAUCGCUUGUUUUAAAAGAAAAAAAAAAUCCUUGCAAGGAUUCAAAAGGAAAAAUAAUUGCGUUAACAACAACAACAACAACAACAGUGAUAGUAGUCGUAGUCGUGAUGAUGCUAUAGCUUUAUAUUGGUGUCAUCUCUGAAAGAAAGAAAAAGAAAGAAAAACGUCAACGAUUUGCAUUUGUAUUUAUUGAACUGGAACCGAUAGUAUUACAAGCAUAUGUGUUAUGUGUGAAAAGAAAGAAAAAAAAAGCUGAGAGAUCAAAAACAAGCUUUCAGUGUGUCUGAAAUUAUUAUUAUUAUAGUUUAGAAAGAGGUUUAUGUGUUACAGAAGGAAGGAAGGAAUCAGUUGAGUCGGGGGACGAAUCGUAACAAAGACGGAGAAAGCCGAACAUUGCUUUUAUUUUAUUUCUUACUCAGCUUUUUAAAUCUUUUCUUUUUUUUUCAAAACCAAAAUUUCCAGGAUGUGAAUGGAGCAAAUUUAAUGUCAUAAUGAUCCAAACCUAAAUUCUAUACAGAGUAUAAAAAAAUCUUUAAUAAUUUUGGCAUCGAAAGAAACACUUGAAAGUAAAGCAGACGACACUAAUUUCGUCUGGGGAUGGCGACACUAUGAGGGUAUCGUUCAGGAAAGUUGUUUACUCUAUUCUUGGUGCUUACUUCCUACUUACGUGUUACACGGGAUAUUUACUUGUGAGGAGGAGACUGGCACGAAGUCGAGAAGAUUACGCCAGGGUUCAACAGUUGGCAGAUAUUUUACGUGAUGAUCCUGAAUGGAACCCAUGGGGGGAAGAAUUUGAAAAUGGGGAAGAAGCACGGUAUGAAGCCCCCCAAUGGAAAGUAGAAAACCCAGUUGUAAAAAGUAAUAAAACAAAUAACAAUUCUCAGGAAUUUGUUGUAGAAAUCUGGGGCAAAGCUGCUAUAGGAUUAUACUUGUGGGAGCAUAUUUUGAAUGGACAUCUCGAACGUAAGCUUGGUGGUAUGUGGAGCUAUGGUAUGAAGAAAAUCAACAAUAUUCGAUUCAAAUUCCGAACUGGUCCAGGAGUGAUUCCAAGUAAAGUCCCAAAAAGUACUGAAAAUGUGAUACUUGUCUUAAAUGGACGUGAACCCUCCAAAAUAGAUUUUGCCAAGUUAUGGCUUGAUUUCCUUCCAACGUUAACAAAUUUAAAAAAUGUGGCUGUGAUUUUAUUGGGCAAUGAACAAUGUAAUAAUGAAUGGAUUAAAUCUUACAUGCAGCUCCGUGGUGGGCCUGUUAAGUUUGUCUUCUUGGUCUAUGACAGUCCAGAUAUUGAUGAUCAAAAUUUCUAUCAGUGGCCUUUAGGAGUUGCAACGUAUCGUGAUUUUCCAAAGGUUGACAGUGCUCAUCUUCCAGUUGAAACACACCGCAAAUACUUAUGUAACUUUCUAGGCACAAUUUAUUCAAAUUCCUCAAGAGAAACAUUAAUUGAAACUUUAAAGUCCAGCCAACAUGGAAAACAAUGUUAUUACAGAGUCCGUCAUGAGUGGAGCCCUAAAGAAACUGAAGAUUCUCGUGACGAUUACCUGCGGUCUCUAGCCCAAAGUGAUUUGACACUUAGUCCUGUUGGAGUAAAUACUGAGUGCUACAGAAUAUAUGAAGCAUUAUCUUAUGGAUCUCUUCCAGUUGUCGAAGAUGUAAUGACCUCUGGAAACUGCGGCCAUUCAGUUUCGUCCAAAAAUAUUCCUCUACGGCUGCUAAAAGAAAGCAAAGCACCUUUUAUCUAUGUUAAACACUGGAGUGAGUUGCCUGCUCUUUUAGAAAAAGAGGCAGCAAUGAGCCAAGUACAGAAAGCAAAUCGUCGAAGGCAUUUCAUUCAAUGGUAUGAAGAUUUUAAAUCAAAAAUGAGAGAUGUUUUAGUUCGGACGUUACAAGAAAAAUUUUUUUAUAAUAAAAUAAAUAAAAUUCAAUAAUAUAUACACCUGUUUUAA